GUGAGCCAACAUUGCCGGCUGCUGUUCUUAAGCAUGGAUUUUCGAUUUAAUUUUUUCCCUGAUGAAGAUGAAAGCAAAGAGCCCAGUGCUGACAACGAGACACAGCCCUGUUCCCCAACGCAGCAAGACGAGAGACAGCCAGAGAGAAAAGGCUGCAUCAAAGCUGCCAAGGAGCACCGUGUGCCUGAGGAUAUCAGCGAGGUACUGCGAAAUAAGGUCCUGGAAACAGCAUCGGGGCUGCACUAUGUCAAUAUGGCUGUGGUGGAGAUGACGUGUCGAGAUGGCAGCCACGAGGAAGAUAUCGUGUCCAAAAGCGUCUCUUCGCACUCUGAUCUCAUCCCAGGAGUCUACGAGGGAGGGAUGAAGAUCUGGGAGUGCACCUAUGACCUCAUGGAUUUCCUUGCCGAGGCUGAGAUCCGGUUUAACAACAAGACGGUGCUGGAUCUUGGGUGCGGGGCUGGGCUGCUGGGAAUAGUCGCCUUAAAGGGAGAUGCUGCGGAGGUUCACUUUCAGGACUACAACAGCACGGUGAUUGAGGAGAUAACCAUGCCUAAUGUGGUGGCUAACUGUAUAAACGAUGGCAAUAAGGACAGCAAAGAGGAUGGAAAGAACAUCAAGCCUCCUUCAAAGAGGCGUAAGGAAUCUGAGCCCCUGCCUGAUGAGCUCAGCAAGUGCAGGUUCUUCUCUGGAGGUUGGGCUGAAGUCAGCCAGCUCCUGUCGAGCAGCAGCAAGCCCUGUAUAAAAUACGAUCUAAUCCUCACAUCAGAGACCAUCUAUAACCCGGACUAUUACGGCGCUUUGCAUGAUACGCUGGCUCAGCUGUUGGCUAAAGAUGGCCGGGUGUAUUUGGCCAGCAAAGUGCAUUACUUUGGGGUGGGUGGGGGAACCUACCUCUUUGAAAAGUUCCUUGAGGAGAGGAAGGUGUUUAGGAGCAGCACAGUGAAAGAAGUUGAGGAAGGGCUAAAGCGCUUUGUCUUAGAAAUAGCCUUUCAAGAUUCCACUUAAAAUUGAGUUCCACUUAAAACUGAAUUCCAGUGGUGCUCCAGAAAUAUCUUAAUAAAGACAAAAUGUUUUAACCCUCAAAUAUAUUUUAUAAAUAAAUUGUACUGGGUUAUUCAAAAUGGAUGAGUUAAUGCUGUUCUUUUCUAACUAUUCUAACACUUGACUGGAAGUGAAGGACUCUCUUCUGAGUCUUGUUUUGCAUAGAAAAGUGUAGUACCACAUAAAGUAUCAUCUCUUCAGCCCAUUUUGUUAUUGGUGUUUUAAAAUAAAGCAAGUCACUGUUCCCAGUCUCUCUCACUCUCACACACACAUUCCUUGGCGCUGCCAGCACAGCCUGAGGGCGAUCAUUUAGCUCCCUAAUAUAGUGCAAUUAGUUCUUAAGGGCCAGGCUUCCAGCCCAGCUACGAUUUAACAGCACCAACGAUUUGAGAAUAGGCUGCAUAGCUGUGUGCUCUGCUAUUUGGCCACCAGAGGGGGAUGCGAUCGUAUUUAUCGCUUGUACUCUGCUAACCAUCCGUGGCAUCUUCUUUCCUAAGACUUUACGACCGUCAGAGGUACUAACUGCCCACAUACUAUAGCCCACUUAACAAACUUGCCUUGUGACUGUAAUUUCAGGCUGCUGGGGGCACUGCUGAAUUCCAUCAUAACUCUUCUGGCUUCUAAACAGCUGGGCAGGGCAGCAAACUUCCAGAUAAGUCUGUUACUCUUCUGUGUCCUAAGCUGAAGAUGCUCACAGUGGGGCAAGACCGUAUGUUUGUAUGUUGCUGAUGAAAAACUAUAUAAAAUAAUGCAAACAAAACUAAAGAACUACAAAAUCUGGAGCCAAGUGUUUGGGAUCACCAACAAUUGACAAAGCAAAUAACACUGGGUUAUUUCUUCCCAACUAAACUGGACAGAAAUCUAUUCAAUGACUCCACUACAUCAGUCUUACUCCUUGUCUGCAUGCUUUACUGCAGCAGUAAUACCUUGGGUGGCCUUGCAAAAAUAAAACCUUAUAGACAGUCAACCAUCACUGUAAGCUGGGUAUGAGGAGACUGUAUAAACUCAAGGCAGAAAAGACAAUCUGAGAAGGUGGAAAAGGAACGGUUACAACAGUGAUCUAAAUCACACAGUAUUACGUAAAGUAAGUUCCUGUCAUUUCUGCGUAUGAAAGCCAACUACAAGGUUCCUAUUUUGAGUGUGCUAUUAAGAUAGCCAUAGAGGAUUUCCCAUACUUUAUUGAAGAGUCUUAACUAGAAUUGUUUACGAUACAAAAAUAAGUAGACUACUUCAAUGGAUGCUUAGGACACUACUGAAGUGCCCUCUAAUAGCAGAGAGGGAAAAAUGCUGUCAGCUGUGCUAUGGCUGUGACUGCACUGAAACCUGCCAAAGAUGGACCAACACUGACUAUGAACAAGGGAACAAAAAGAAGAUUUAUCUCUGGCACAGGUCAGUGAAGUACUGCUAACAGUUCUUUGCCAAAAAUGGGAACUUGCUAUUUACUACUUGCUAUUUUAUAUACCUCAGCCUGAAGAUAAAUCAUUGCUGGCACAUAUUUGACUGACCACCUGCUGGGUCUAUUGCUGUUUCAGAGAGUGGUACCUAAAGGAACAAAUAAAACCUUGGCUUCCUAUAAAGAUGAAUAUAAUUAUGAACAAGAAUCUCGUGUACUUAUGGUGAAUAAAGAAGGCACUUAAAGUCUUCAAUUAUAAUGCUUCCUCUUGAAAAUGUUCCUUGAUCAAACUCACCCUGUCUCAGGUUUAAUAAUAUUCCUUCAUUCAGCAUCCUUACUUUAUUCAUGGAUUGCUCAAGCAGCUCAGUUCUCAUGCAAAUACCGAAUCAGAUCUUUUAGGACUUUCAAGUGAAGACUGCUAGAGCCACAAUCACACAGUGAUCACACACCUACAAAAGAAGAAACCUAACAUGUUGUAAUUAAGUUCCCAUUUUAGAAUUAUAAGAGAAUCAAUAUAGGAUAUUUUUCACAGGUGUAAUCAGCAUUGAGAUUUCUGUAACUUCAGAUGGGUUCUAUUCUGCUUCUAGAAGUCAGCAGACACACCUCGAGAGGAAGCAGAAUUCAACACCUAAUUUUGUGAGUUCAUUGUUCUGUUGCUGUCUCAGCAUUAGUAAAAAUGUUGUUCCUAGAUUAGGAAAACCAAUAAGACUUUCUCUAUUUGCAACAAUCAUCAUUGCCCUUGUGACCAGUUUCCUGCUUUAAUUUAUGAUCUGGAAUAAAAAAGAUAUUCCACUUACUUGACUUAAACAUGUUAUUUAAUAGGUAGGGCAAACAGCAUUUUUCCAAGUUAAAUUACAUUAGAAAAUAAUAGAAUUUAGAGGACCCUCAAAGCCCCCUUUUAUAACAAACCAUUUUAUCAAGCCCUAAUUCUUUAUUGUAAAACAAAGAGGUCAACUGGCAACUCAAUUUGCAGCUCAUUUCAAGUCUCUCCUUUUCUCCCCUUGCCCCAUCCCCUUACUUUUUGAGAGUCACUGCAAUAAGAAAUCCUGUAUAAAUUACGUCUUUCUCGUAAGUACUGCAGGGAGAAACAUUAAAGUCUGUCAUAGAGUGGUUUAGGAAAUUAAAUUAAAAGCCCUGUUUAUUAUAACAUGCACCGCCCUUAACUGAUGACUUCCUCCUGAAGACCAUCUGAUGGUUUUGGGAAAUGACAAGGCCAAAAAAAAAA